AUGUCCCCAAAUAUGACUUGUGGAGCUCUCCAAUUUUUCCCUCCAGGGCUCACUGUGGCCAAAAGAAAAGAGGUGCUUGAGCUUAGAAAGACUAUGAAGCCUUUGAUGGAAAAAAGAAGGCGCGCCCGUAUCAAUGACAGCCUGAACCAUUUAAAAAACCUGAUCCUUCCUCUCACAGGCAGAGAUAAGUCUCGCUACUCAAAACUCGAGAAAGCCGACAUCCUGGAAAUGACUGUGAGGUUCCUUAGCAACAUCCCUCCUGUUGACGCCAAAGAUUCCACAGAAAACUACAGGGAUGGCUUCAGAGCCUGCCUUCAGCGUGUCGACGCUUUGCUUCCAAGAACCAAUCUGGAUCCAGAAGCGUAUCAGCGGGUGAACGAGUUUAUCAGGCACUCCACUCCCACCACCGCUGCCUCAACCUGCUUAAACUGCUGUGCCUUAAGCUCCAGAAUCUUUCCUCAGAUCCAGCAGAGACUGCUGAGUCUCAAAUCCAGCUUCAGCUCCAGACAGCAGAGCCAGUCCCACAGCAGCAGCGGCGCCGCGGCACCUGGGCGCACGCAGCCAGUCCCACAGGCUGUCAGCGCGGCCAUGUGGAGACCUUGGUAG